AUGGCCGCGAACCCAUUCGACACACCUCAAUUCGGCGCUGAGUUCUUCGACCUCUAUCAUGAAACCGCCCCAGUCGUGCGCACCGCCAUUCCUCAACUCCCUAGUGGCGGGUGCAAUUAUGUGGACUUGACGCCCGGCGCUGGAGGAGCGCGAUGCGGCUGCCGUCGCUUCUGGUCUUUCCAAUCUACGGGAAGCCCCGUCGUGGACCAGGCUGGAUGGUGCAUGUGCAACCAUCAUGCGUGUUUCCAUGAUGAGCGACCUCGAGAUCAGCCUCAGCCUCAACCACUGCCACUGCCACUGCCACUGCCGGCAGAGAGAAUGCCAACUCCCAACACCGGGCUCGACCUCGAGAAACUACAGUCUAGACAACGACUAGACCCCCUAAGCCCGACUCUGGAUCUCAUCUCACCAAAGGAAACGGCGGCAGUGCUUGGACCCGAACUCAUCAGCUUCAAUGGAGCUCCCCCGCUAUCCUUUCUACAGAAAUCCUUCGACGGUCCCUUCGAUACUCUAGGAGCCGUUCCCACGCCCAAGCAGGCAUCCAACUCAAUGCCGGAUACAAUGGCCUGGACAAACAUCAUACCACCAACCCAACCAGAUGCCCGUAAUGCAUUGCCACCUAUUCCUGCUCAGUGUCUCAUGUCCCAGACGGCCUCCACCACUUCUUCCAUGCACACCAGCUGGAAUGCUACAGCAAUCCGCUGCCCAGACUGCUUUGCAAGAAUCUCCUACGCAGCAGAAGACUGCGAGCGUCGAAGAGACAUUCGUCUUCUUGGCCCCUGA